UUCGCCAUCGGCAGCAAGCAGCAGUAGCCAACAAUUCGAAUAGCCAGCAAACGAACAACCAACUAGUCGAAUACUUAACGUCAGCAGCCAUGAAACGGACAUACUUGUUGCUCUGCCUGAGCCUGCUGACCUGCAACUUGGCCAAUUCGGCCUUCUUGCGGCCAAUUGAUCUUAGCCAGCUGACCAAGUCCUCCGGAAUCCAGCAGCAGCAGCAAUUGCGAGGGGAUCUCAACCGGGAUGAUAAUGACAGGGAUGACGAGGACGCCACCACUUUGGCCCCCAGUUCCAGUGAGGAUUACGACACCCGCCCGCAGUACAGUUUCGCCUACGAUGUGCGGGACUCCCUAACUGGCGAUGAUAAGCGGCAGGAGGAGAAGCGGGAUGGCGAUUUGGUCAAGGGUCAGUACUCCCUCAUCGAACCCGAUGGCACCCGUCGAAUUGUGGAGUAUACAGCGGAUGAUGCCAGUGGCUUUAAUGCCAUCGUUUCCAAGCAGCGUUUGGACGAGCAGCAGCAGAGACUGAGCAGUGCCUCCACCUCCUCCCGUUUCAACAGCCUCGAGGAGCUCCAGACCAGACUUACUGCCCAAGCCAUUGCAGAGGCCCAAUCUCUGGCAGAAGCCCAGCAGGCCAGUCAAUUGCAGCUGGAGGCCCAGAAUCGCAGAGAAUCGGAGAACCAGGCACGCAACCAGGCGCAGCAGCUGAUGGAGCAGUUCCAACAACAAGUGCAGCAGCAGGAGCAACAGCGUUUGCAGCAGGAGCAGCAACUGAGGGAACUGCAGCGUCUGCAGGAACAGCGGGAUCGGGAGGAUCGCGAGCUUAGAGAAAGGGAACAGAGGGACAGGGAACAAAGAGAGAGGGAACAAAGGGAGAGGGAACUCAGGGAUCGGGAACUGCGGGAACGGGAGCUGCGGGACAGGGAACUGCGAGAGCGAGAGCAACGAGAGCGGGAGCAACGGGAACGGGAACAACGGGAUCGGGAGCAACGAGAUCGCGAGCAACGAGAUCGCGAGGAUCGUCGCCAGCAGGCGGAGCGUCGUCAGGGUCAAAACCAACGGCUGAUUGAUCAGCAGACCCUGCUCCUGGCCCAAAGCCUGCCCAGCAUUCAGGCCACCGUGGUGUCGCACCCACCCACCCUGCUCACCUCUCGACUGCCCACCACCACCACCACUUCCUCGAGGACCACCACUCUGCUGACCAGGGAACGCGAUCUGGAGGCCUGGCGCCAGCUUCCAAGUGCCAGAAUAACCAUUGAUCGCUCCACCCAACCCUUGAUCCUCAGCCAACCUUCAAGUGCAACUGUUCAAGCCCAACUGAUCAGUUCUCCUCUUCUCCUGGAGUCGGGAAACCUGAAUGGAUUGAUAACCACCCGGCUGAAUGGUAAUGCCGCUCGUGCUGGAGCCGCCUUGAGUUGGUCCAAUGGACGUCGCCUCCUGAACAACGAUAUCUGGCAGUUGGAGAGGCUAGAUCGGGAGGAUCGGGAGGAUAACAGCCGACGGGAGAGCGAGGAGCUGCGUUCCAACAGCGGCGAACGGCGAUCCAAGAACUGGUAAUCCCGAAAUUGGGAAACUCCAACCCAAACUUCAACUGAACUCAAGCGAAACUCAACCAGCGACCUCAGCCAUCUGCCAACCGGACCACGAAUAUGCUUAGCCCUUAAGAACUAGAUUCAAAUAUUGUAUUUUGUGUGUGUUUCUUAGCCUGUUUUUUAGCCUAGAAUCGGGGAUUUUGGUAAUGACUCUCUGUCAGCUCUCAGCUCUUUUUUGUUUCGACCAGCGCAUACAGCAAACUCUGCCAAGAACUUAACUCUAACGCUUUUCUUUCACGCUAACUUUAGCCCUAAGUUUAAUUGUCUUUGUGUUACUUUAUAGUUAGUCAACUGCAUCAAUUUGAAAACGUAAAAAAAAUAAACCAGACGAAGUCUGCAUGCUCUUUGCAAGUGAA